AAUAACAAAAAUCAACUUCUCGCAAGGGAACUCGCUGUCUUUCACACCGUUCUCUCAUCACCAUCUUAAUCUCCGACUAACCACACGUGUGAUCCUGCGCGAGUCCUUUUUCCGGCUCAAUUCCGGCGAGCAUGCCUACGUCGGCGUCCACCAAUCGGCCGGAAGACCUGAUCGCUCGCUUGAAAUUCAGCGAGGGCGAUGCGAAGCUAAAAGCCCUAAGAGAGAUUAAGAACCAGAUAAUCGGCAACAGAACCAAAAAGCUCUCUUACAUCAAGCUCGGGGCCGUCCCUACCAUCGCCGAAGUCCUCGCUACCGCAGACGACUCCGAUGCCUCUCUCCUUGUUCAAUCUGCCGCUGCUAUCGGCAGCUUCGCCUGCGGCGUUGACGCCGGUGUCAAGGCCGUUCUCGAUGCUGGGGCGUUUCCUCACCUCUUUCGCAUCCUCUCCAAUCCAGACGAGAAGGUGGUGGAUGCUGGUGCCCGCUCUCUAAGAAUGAUUUUUCAAUCAAAACUGGCUCCAAAAUAUCAUUUUCUUGAAGAGAAAAAGUUGGAGUUCCUUCUUUCACUUCUGAACAAUGAGAAUGAAAAUGUUACAGAACUUGGUGCAAGCAUCAUAACACACUCUUGUGAGACAAGUGAUGAGCAAAAGUUGUUGUGUGAUGCUGGGGUAUUACGUAGGCUUGUCAGUCUGCUUGAAGGUUCUCUAAAUCAAAGGGAUGCUAGUUUAGAUUCCCUAGCCACAGUUCUCAAAAACAAUUUGGAUGUCAUCUCAAAGUUUGUAGCACUUGAUAAUGGAAGAGCUUUGAGUAUUAUUACUGAUUUUACAAAGGAAAGAAGUCCUCGGACAAGACUUCUUGCCUGUGUCUGCUUGAUUAUUAUAGGGAAUGCUUCUCCUUGUCAUUUUCAAGGUGUAGGAAUAAAAACCAAAUUGAUAUUGAUAUUAGUUGAACUUCUUGAAGAGCCUGGUCAGGUUGGUGAGGAAGCACCAUUUGCUUUGGCAUCUCUGAUUGCAGACAAGGAAGAUGUACAGAAACUAGCAUUUGAGGUUGAUACUGUUGAUAAACUUUGCAACUUGUUGCACAAAGGUCCAGUACAGGCAAAACGUUUCCACGGAAUAUUGCUAGCAUUAGCUGAACUAUGCUCAAAGUUGGAAAGCUGCAGGUCCAGGUUCCUUUCUUUGCAGGUUUUGAACUUGGUAAUUGAUGCACUAAGUCAUGAGAAUGCAGAGGUGCAGGCUGUGGCCUGCCUGUGUAUAAGAAACAUCUCUCGGUCAGUUAAGAAUUUGAGUGCAGGUCGUUUUAUGAAUGAAACUAUCAUCACUCCCUUGCUUCAUCUUUUACAUGACUCUUCUACAUCAAUUCAGGUUGCCGCUCUUGGUGCUAUUAGCAACAUAGUAAUUGAUUUUGCAAGCCGUAAAUCAGUUUUCAUCCAAUGUGGAGGUGUGAGACAGCUUAUUCAGCUAACGAAAUCAAUGGAUUCAACUCUCAGGUUAAAUGCUGUAUGGGCUUUAAGGAAUCUGAUGUUUCAUGCGGACAACAGUCACAAAGAAGGCAUUAUUCUGGAGUUGACACCAUCUGGAUUGGUCAGCCUUAUAUAUGACUCAGAGCUAUCUAUCCAAGAACAAAGUCUAGCACUUGUCCGCAAUCUUGUUGAUGGACGCAUCAGCUCAAUUGAACAUGUAUUUGCAGAGGAUGGUAUUAUUAUGAAUGCUGUUGCAAGGCAACUGCAAAGCUGUUCAAGAUCAGAAGUUUGCAUUCAGGGAAUGUACGUGCUCAGCAACGUAGCAAGUGGAAAUGAGUUACAUAAAGAAGCCGUGAUGAACCAACUCUUUCAAUCUCAAGCAGGCGAAGGCACCCAAUCUUUUGUCAUGAAGUUUUUGCAGGACAGUGAUGGUCAGCUACGCACCGCUGCUGUAUGGUGCAUAGUAAAUCUCACCCACCCAGAAAGUCCCGGUGCAUCUGCUCGCAUUGUGAAGCUGCGGAGUGCUGGCAUAGUUUCUCAGAUAAAGAGUAUGGUUAACGACCCAUGCUUGGAUGCCAAGUUCCGAGUAAGAACAGUGCUGGAACAACUUGCAACAGCAUGACAUGAUCACCUAUCUUUCCUCGGCCACUAAUCUUAAAAAUACCAGGAAGAGCAACCGGGUACAUUUUUUGCUCCGAAAUCAGUGUUUUGUAAGAUUACACCAAACUCCCUUUUGAGCGACGAGGACAUGGUGGGCCGACUGAUGCUCUGGCUUAUUCAGCAGCAGCAGCUCAUGUGAAUCCAAUUCCAAUCUCCAUUCACUUAGAAGCCAUGCCAGAUUUUUUGAUGUUUCUUGUUCGAGCAAGGAAGGCCCCGCCCAUCUUUCUGAUUCAACCAGCCAAGUCUUCUCCUAAGAUAUCCUUCCCAUGCUAAUAUUCAUUUUCUUUGAGUCCGAUUUUUGUAUCCAUCAUUUUUUGCAGUACUAUCCUUGUUUGGUUUUUUGGCCUGUACUAUUCCUUCUUGUAACAAUGUGUAAUGUGGCAAAUGUGUUUGAUCGGGAUCCCAAUGAAAAUUCAGAGACAACAGGCACGAUACGCUGUCAGGUGAGUUGUACAGUUUUAAGUUAUUUUUGACCGGUUGUCUUCAAAUUAACUGUGAUUUUGGAUGCCCAAUAUUCAAUUCUCGUCUCUGGACUGUUGAUUCA